AUGCAGAUGCCUUGGUGCAGUAGCUGCGCUCGUAUCCGCGGUGCCUGUGAUAGGCUCUGCUUCCGUCUGCAGUCCGGUCCUACCGCGGAACGUCCCCUCCCUCCAUCACGCUGCGGCUCCUCGCUGCUCGGUCAGCUGUGUGCUCAACACAGCGCACGACUCCUCCACGUUCCGCGACCCGCCUGGGCUCGCCCCCAGCCGCUCGCCAUGUACCAAAACACACAAAGGGACCCCUCGCGGCCCUUUCCUGUCCCGCCGCCGCCGCCAAUGUCCCCUCCAAACCCUUCGCAGCAGAUGGGCAACAUUAUGAACUUCCCGCCGCCGCCGCCUCGCCUCCCAAGCGCGCCAUCAGCUUCCGCAAACGGCAUCCUCCUCCCACCGCCGCCGGGGCCUCCUCCGAACGCUUCACAUUGGCAAGGCGGCUGGACAGCGCGACCCUACGAUACUCGAAAUGGCUUCGCCGUGCCUCCCCCUCCGCCAGGAGGCCAACAUAUGGCCUACAACCCACAACUGCACGCAAAGACGUCAGCAGCCACGCUGUCGUCAAUACCACCUCCUCCCCCUUUCAACGCCUCCAACGACCCGUCAAACCUCGUCAGUGCGACUUAUAUCCCCGGCGGGGACACAUAUGGCGAGGGCGUAGGCAUCCCAGGCUUCGACUACGACGACACGGCUUCGCGCAUGACCCCGUCGCAAAGCUCCUGGCUAAGCUCAACCACCAUGAGCAAGUCGACCGCCAACACCACACCGGCCGACGACCAGACUCCUUCCCAUUGGGGUUUUCCAACAUCAAUGCCCGCACAUCGCAUGAUGUCGACGGCCUCGAACGUGACGUCUGCGAGCAACUCUGGGAUCCCUGCCGAGCUCGUCGCCAAGUGGCCGAUUGACCACGUGCUGUUGUGGCUCGCGGCCAACCACUUCUCAAAGGACUGGCAGGAGACGUUUAAGAAGCUGAAUCUAUGUGGCGCGCAGUUUCUCGAGCUCGGCAGCACGACUGGCGGACGAGGUAAUCUGAGCACAAUGCAUCAGAUGGUGUACCCGCGGCUCGCGCAGGAGUGCACGAGCAGUGGGACAGGGUGGAAUCAACCCAAGGAGCGCGAAGAGGGAAAACGCAUGCGCCGCCUCAUCCGCAACAUUGUCAUGGGCAAGCCGGCUGAGCCGACAAAGCCGUCGUCUGCACACAGCAGGAAGGAGUCACAAAGCGGGAGCCACGGCUUCGGGCAGGGCAGCGACACCGGUUCACCCAACACACCCAUCAAGGCACCAGGCCAGGGCUUCACGCAGAGGCGGUUCUCCCAGACGAGGUCGACGACGAUGCCGAACAUGUCGACUAGCGCGGGCGAGUCCGACCACCGCAAGAUUCUUAAACAGAUUGAUGUUGAUAGCAGCCGGAGGACCAGUCCUGCGCCAGGCAGUGAGGAUGCCGGAUCCAGGAAUCGUGGCGAUAGUCCUGCCGGCAGACCUGGCAAUAUGUCCGCUUCGUCCCCUUCGGGUCGCUUCUACCACAGGUCUAGGGACAGCACUGGCUCCGCCUCGUCCAAUGCCGCGAUCUAUGGAUCUGGUGUUCCGCCCGAGGCUGGCCAGGUCUUACGGAACGGGAUGAGCGGGAUUGCUCAGAUGAUUGAUGCGACGAGGAAAGACCACCGUCGUUAUGGCCAGGAGAACAACCACACCUCUCCACUAUUGGAUCCGGGGGAUCGGUCAGCUGGAGCCGAGCCGAAUUCCGCCAAGGACAACAAAAGCUUCUUGAGUUUCCUCAAGCGGAAGAACAAACAGAGAGAAGAUGGCACAUCGCCAGACGAUCUCGAGUCACCGACAAGCCCAAACUUCUUCAAACCGCACUCACAAGGAAGUCGGUUUGAUGCCUCGGAGAGCACGGCCACGUUUCGCCCGGCCAAGGCAGGCGUGCCGAGAUCGUACAUACUCGCCACGAUGGACGGCUGGAACUACCGGAUGUGCGAUGUGACGGACUGCGACACGGCUAUAGAUCUGCGAGCUAAUAUCUGCAUGAAUCUCGGCCUGCAGGACCCAAUGAUCGCCGAAAUCUACCUGACUGAUCUUGGCCGUGCUGACCAUGACGAGCCGCUGGAGGACCAGAGCCUUGUCAUACACAAGAAGACGCGACCAGACAUGCCCGGAGGACUCAAGGUGUUUGUGCGCGUCAACGAGACGACGAUUCGCUCAGCGGCACGUGGCAUGGAUGAGGAAGCGUAUGCGACGCUAGAUGGCCAGAAAUACCGCGGCAGGUCUAACUCGUCACCGCCGUCGUCAAGGUCAAAUACCAUGACCAGCCAGUCGGCGCAGCAGGAUGCCGAUCUUGUGGCCAAGGCGGCCGAGUACCGUGCUGCGAUGGAGCGGCAACAGAAGGCAUAUCUCAACAGGAGACGAGAAGCACUCAACGACCACCCGCCUCAGGAUAGCGCCAAACCGGCGGUUGGUAUCGUGGGUCGGAACGUUGACUUUGAUCAGCCACGUCUAUCGCCUUAUGAGGAGAAGCGGCCCGAGGAAGCAUUCCUCCCGCAGCGCAAAGCUCCUGCCCGUCCGGGGGUGGAAAGUGCAACGCUCAUCAAAGCCAACUCGCUCAGCAGGCGCCCGGGCACCUCAACACGCGGUUCGCAGGGCAGCCUCGAUGGGUUCCCAACUCCCCGGCGGCCACCAUCUGGCAAUGGCGAGAUCAAGGCGCCCCAGACUGGCUCAGCACUUGGUGCGCUGGUCAACUUGUCUAGCACAUGGGGCCAGUUGGGUCGUCCUGGGGCUACAUCUCAGCCUAGACAGGCAGCGUCACCGAACAGCAAAUCACCGGAAUCAGCAAACGCGUUUGGGCCUGGGGAGCAACAACGAGGUAAGGGUGCAAUGUCAACCGUCGACUUUGGUCAGAGUGUCCCCGGGCGCAGCAACUCGCGCUCGAGGUCGGGUUCACCCGGCUCCUUGACCUGGGGUCGCGGUGACGUUCCUUUUAUCGUGCCAGACUACUCGCCCGGCGGCACUUUGAUCGAGAUUGAGAGCCGUGACCAGCCACAUUAUGAAGCAAUUGCUAAAAACCGUCAACUAGCCCAACAAUCAACCGAUCGAGAGGUCAGUCCGGCUGCCAAGGCGGCGGCGGCGGCGAAGCAGGGUGGCGAUGCGGCACGGACCCCUCCGACGCGAAGGAAGUCUCAUGGUCCCGACGUGGACUUUGAAGACACCGAUGUCCAGUUCAACUACGCACCCCCGCCCGCAGCUGCCAAGGAUGAUGACUCUGGGGACGACGAUUCGGACGAUGGGCUGUUUGCUGUACCGGUGAGAGGGCGUCAGCCGUCGAGGAGCUCACGCAAGCCCAUGGGUGGGGCUGGAGCUGGCGGCAACGGGGCUGGUGGUGGUGAUGGUGAGAAGCAGGGGACGCUUGCAGUGAGCAAGACUGACAGAGCGAGGAAGAACCUCUCUGUUUCGUUUGGUGGCUCUGAUGGCGUAGACGAGCAGGACGGCUGGAACUCACAGCGCAGACCUCCGCCCACCCCAAGUUCGGAGCAUUGGCAGUCUGACGAGGGCAAGCUCAACCGCCGCAAGUCUUUCAUUGAGCGGGACGUGUGGGCUAACCGUCCUCCCCCUGAGGCACUGCUGAGCAACCUCGACGCUUUCUUCCCGGAGCUCGAUUUGGACCAGCCCGUGCUUGAUGAGUCUCUUGUCGUGCAAGACCCAUCGACGCCGAUCUCCGCCAUUACGGAAGAUGACGAGGGCAAGGACGACGAGCCUAGCUUGAUAAUCCAGAUCCCGUCGCCGAGGCCCAGCGCCGGCCCAUCUUCAGCGGCGCCCGAGACCACGACAGCUUCAUCGACGUACAAUGAGAACGAUACUCUUGGCUCAGACGAGUCCACGCUCAAGGCGCUGGAGAGACCGACUUCCAUUGCCUCUGUCGCCCAUCGGAGUAUCCGCAAGUCUGGCGGCCUCGGACGUAUGAAGUCUAUCCGUGAAGUAGCAAGGGGCGCACACGAGGCGAACAAGCGAUUCACGACCCAGUCAGCCGUCAGCAAUGCUGGCAACACAACGUCCAUGAUACAGCGGCGCAAGAGCACCAAGAUGUUUGGCGCCAACAUCAUGCAGAUUCAGCCAACACGGGAUUCGAUGAUCAUGCCGCAGAUCCCGCAGGAUACUCUGCCCAAGCGGCAGACCACGUUCCGCUGGUUCAAGGGUGAGCUUAUCGGCAAGGGCACUUAUGGCCGAGUGUACCUCGGCAUGAACGCCACGACAGGAGAGUUUUUGGCUGUCAAGGAAGUCGAAGUGAAUCCAAAGGCCGCGCAGGGUGACAAGAACAAGAUCAAAGAAUUGGUCGCGGCCCUCGACCAAGAAAUCGACACAAUGCAGUACCUCGAUCACGUCAACAUUGUGCAGUACCUGGGUUGCGAGCGCAAGGAGACGAGCAUCAGUAUCUUCCUGGAGUACAUCUCUGGUGGCAGCAUCGGAUCGUGUUUGCGGAAACAUGGCAAGUUUGAGGAGCCCGUCGUCAGCUCGCUGACACGCCAGGCGCUAUCUGGCCUCGCCUACCUCCACCGCGAGGGCAUCCUGCACCGCGACUUGAAGGCCGACAACAUCCUCCUCGAUGUGGACGGCACGUGCAAGAUUUCCGAUUUCGGCAUCUCCAAGAAGACAGACAAUAUCUACGGCAACGACAAGACCAACUCCAUGCAGGGUUCCGUGUUCUGGAUGGCGCCGGAGGUCAUCCGCUCCCAGGGAGAGGGAUACUCUGCGAAGGUUGACAUCUGGAGUAUGGGGUGCGUCGUGCUCGAGAUGUUUGCGGGUCGCCGGCCGUGGAGUAGAGAGGAGGCAAUCGGCGCGAUCUACAAGAUUGCCAAUGGCGAGACGCCACCCAUUGCGGACGAGGUCCGCGAGGCGAUCAGUCCGUAUGCGCUCGGGUUCAUGCUGGACUGCUUCACUGUCGACCCUCGCGACCGGCCUACGGCAGAACGUCUCCUGACGCAGCACGAAUUCUGCGAGCUCGACACCGACUACAACUUCUUUGACACGGACCUUUACGCCAAGAUUCGCGGGACUUUCAACACGUAA